AUGUCCUCAAUUGGAAGGUCAGCUACCAAGAUGUUUAUGCGGCGUAGCAAGUUCAAGCAUGUGUUUGGCAAACCGGCAAAAAAGGAAUUUUGUUAUGAAGACAUUCGAAUCACGAAAAGCAGCUGUGAUGCUCGCUUUUGUGCUGUUAACCCGAAAUAUCUAGCUAUUAUCACCGAGGCAGCAGGUGGCGGUGCGUUUUUGGUCCUUCCCAUUGAAAAGGUUGGUCGUGUAGAACGCGAUGCCCCUUUGGUUGCUGGUCACAAAGCCGCCGUCCUUGACAUUCAGUGGUGCCCCCACAACGACGACCUCAUUGCCAGUGCGUCAGAAGACACCACCGUCAAAGUUUGGCAGAUCCCUGAAGGUGGAUUGCAACCGAAAACCAAUUUAACCGUUCCUGUGGCCGACCUAGUAGCACACCAGCGCCGCGCAGGUCUUGUUGUUUGGCACCCCACGGUGGAACACGUGUUGCUGUCUGCAGGCGCAGAUAACAUGAUAUACAUCUGGAAUGUAGCCGCUGAGGAACCGUUGAUAGAAAUAGCUUUUCCUGACAUCAUACUGUCCGCCAGUUUCAACUACAAUGGAUCACGCGUGGUAACUACUUGCAAGGAUCGACAUACCCGAGUAUUUAAUCCUCGCACAGGCGAAAUCAUCAAGGAGGGUAUAUGUCACCUGGGCACCAAGCCACAACAGGCUGUGUACGUGUCCGGGGACCGCAUCUUCACCACAGGAUUCUCACCCAUGAGUGAGCGUCAAUACGGUCUGUGGAAAGAUACCGAUCUCCAAGAGGCAUUGAAUAUUCAGGAGUUGGACACCAGCAACGGCGUACUGUUCCCGUUCUAUGACUUCGAUACCAAUCUGAUUUACCUGUGCGGAAAGGGUGACAGUACUAUACGUUAUUUCGAGAUCACUGAUGAAGAGCCGUAUGUCCACUUCAUCAACAUGCUCACCAGCUCUGAUCCUCAGCGUGGUAUGGGCUGGAUGCCGAAACGAGGUCUGGACGUGAACCAGUGUGAAAUCGCCCGUUUCUACAAGUUGCACACCAAGGGUCUGUGUGAAGUGAUUUCUUUUACGGUCCCCAGAAAAUCGGAACUUUUUCAAGACGAUCUAUAUCCAGACACCAUUGGGGAUGUUCCGGCGCUGACUGUUGACGAGUGGAUAGCUGGAAAGGAUUCUGAUCCUGUUUUGAUUUCCUUAAAGGAAGUAUAUGUUCCGAAGACAAAGAACAAGUUGCGCACCUCAAAGCUUGUCAGCUCUCAGGUGGCAUCCAAGCAACCACAACAAACUGAGCAUCUAACUUCACAACCGCAACAGUCACAAUCUAAACAGCGACAGAGACAGUCGGCCACAGAACAAUCCACACUAGCCAAACCGGCUCCGGAACCGCGCCAACGACUCUCUGCUGGAAGUACUCAAGCUACUAGGGAUUCUGGUUCCACUGCGGCCGCGGAGCACGUGGAUGCCAAUGGGACUUGUGCAACAGCUUCAUCUGCUGUUGAUCCUGCCGUGGUUCAACACCUACUCGACGAUAUGCGUAAAAUCAAACUCAUUAUCAGAGGGCACGAGCGGCGCAUUAAAUUCCUCGAGGAGUACGCUAAACUUACUGAUGGGACCGCUGGGAUCGAAAAUCAACCGGAAUGA